AUGCCCGCUUGCGGCGGCGGCAAGGGCACGGCGGCCAAGAAGAGGAUCGCCAAGAAAGUCGCCGCCGCCGCCGCCAAACGUGGCGGGGCCGGGGCCGGGGGGAGGCGGCGCCGCCGCAAGCGCAGGACGCAGAGCUACACCUCGUACGUGUACAAGGUGCUGAAGCAGGUGCACCCGAACACGGGCAUCUCGUCGUCGGCCAUGAGCGUCAUGAACUCGUUCGUCAACGACGUCUUCGAGCGCAUCGCCUGCGAGGCCUACUACCUGAUCCAGUACAGCAAGCGGCAGACCAUCUCGUCGCGGGAGAUCCAGACGGCGGUCCGGCUGCUGCUGCCGGGGGAGCUCGCCAAGCACGCCGUGUCCGAGGGCACCAAGGCCGUGACCAAGUACACCAGCUGCAAAUGAGGGCCGGGGGGUGGGGUAAAGGAAGAGGAGGGAGGAC